AGGCAACAGAGAAGAUUCACCCUACUCGCUCUGCGGGACCUGGGCAUGGGGAAGAGAGAAGGCGAGGAAAUGAUCCAGGCAGAGGUCCGGUGUCUGCUGGAGGCAUUCCGGGGGACAAAAGGACAGCCAUUUGACCCAUCCCUGCUGCUGGCCCAGGCCACCUCCAACAUGGUCUGCUCCCUCAUCUUCGGCCUCCGCUUCCCCUACAAGGAUAAGGAGUUCCAGGCCAUGGUUCAGGCAGCUGGCGGAGUCCUGCUGGGGAUCAGUUCCCUGUGGGGUCAGGCCUAUGAGAUGUUCUCCCAGCUCCUGCAGCACCUGCCCAGCCUGCACGCAGACUUCCUUGGCCACGUGGGCACCCUGGCUGCCUUUGCUGUCCAGCAGGUAGAGAGGCACCGGAAAAACCUAGAUACCUCAGGCCCCGCCCGUGACCUUGUGGAUGCCUUCCUGCUGAAGAUGACACAGGAGAAACAAGACGCCAACACAGAAUUCACCGACAAGAACUUGCUGAUGAAUGUCAUCUAUCUGUUGUUUGCCGGGACCAUGACGGUCAGCGCCACGACCCGCUACACACUCCUGCUCCUGAUGAAAUACCCUCAGGUCCAAGAACGCGUGCGGGAGGAGCUGACCCGGGAGCUGGGUGCCAGGCAGGUGCCAAGCCUGGCAGACCGAGCCCGCCUCCCAUACACGGAUGCGGUUCUGCACGAGGCCCAGCGGCUGCUGGCACUGGUGCCCAUGGGCAUACCCCGCGCCCUCACCAAGACCACCUGCUUCCGAGGAUACACCCUGCCCAAGGGCACUGAGGUCUUCCCCCUCCUGGGCUCUGUCCUGCAUGACCCCGAGGUCUUCAAGAGGCCAGAAGAGUUUAAUCCAGACCGCUUCCUGGACGCGAAUGGCCGCUUCAAGAAGGAGGAGGCCUUCCUGCCCUUCUCCUUAGCAAAGUUGAGGAAAUUGAUGGGAAAAAUGCGUGAACAAUCUCUCUGCUUCUCCCGCCCACAAUUUACCACCGCCAUAGCAGAUUACCCACCUGGGCUUCCAGCUUUUAUUUCUUCUGGCAUUUCAAGGCUUUGUGCAGGGAAUGCACAGUGGAGACCCAGCUGUAGCGAGAGACCAGUCCCUCACCUCCCAGAGCCCAGUGACCAGCCAGCGGGAGGAGACAGACGUGACAAACACAUAAUCACACCAAUAAAUCUACCAUGGCUAGGUGCCACCAAAGCAAAGGACAGUGAACAGGACCUAGAUGAGACUGGGAGGGGUCAGACAGUGAUGCAAUGGAGAGUGUGCGAUUGAGUUGCAGCUGAGGGGUGUGUAGGAGUUGGGAACAAAGAGUGCAGGAGGAUGUGCCUACCCCCAGUCCUGUGAGCAAGGGAAUGGAGCCUGGGGAUGGGAAAGGAGGGCUACGGGAACAUGGCAGCCAUUUGGGGGUUAUCUCAGAAGGUGUGGGGCAAGGAGGCAUUGAGAAAUAUCCAUCAGGUGGUAGACAAGUGAAAAAGAGGGAGAAUGGGGGCCAGGGAGGAGGCCAGAGCAAGAUUCCAGGCCAGAAAGCUCCUGGGAACUGGGGGGUGCAGGGGUAGAUGGGACAGAGGUUGGUGAAGCUGAAACCCCAUGGAUUUGGAAACUUACUGCAAGGGGGAGGACCCAAGGGCCAGGCAGAGUGGCAGGGUGGAGGCAAGGCCCUUACUGAAAUGGGAAACAGCCAAGACUGCUCAGGAAGGCAGAGGGAGGGACAGGGUCAGAUUGGGGUUUGGAAACAUCCCUCUGGUUGCUGAAUGGGAGCCGGGCUGGAGGGAGUGCAGGCCAAGUAGGGUCCAGGUAGGAUGGGGUGACAAGAGGGAGGCUGAAUGGACUGGAUUUGGUGAUGAGGUGUAAGGACACUGAUACACAAGCAGAAUGUCCCAAAGCGGAGACAUCAAUGCUCCAUCUCAUCCCGCACAGACCCCCAAGCUUGCAGGUGCAAGACACACAGGGGCAGGGAAAUGGACAUGCAGCAGUACCAACAUACGGGCACCGGAUGCCAAGGACAAGCAUACACAGUGUGGCCCAAGCGAGAUAGCCGUGCACGAGCACAGAGAUAGAUGAGAUGCAAAAGUCACGGGCACUCAUCAGCUGUCCGCACCACGUGCCAAGAGCCGCAUGUGCACAGACACAGGACUUCUGCCCUCGAGCCUGCUGAGCAGCUUCUAGUCUUACUCCCAUCUUACAGAUGGACAAACUGAGUCUCAGGGAGGGCAGUCACCUGCAAGGUCACCUGCUCAGGAGUAGAACUGGGAUGCCAAGCCACGCCUGGGAGCACCCCACUGGGUACCCACACACAGACUGCCUGUUUCUGUGCCCAUGGGGGUCUCUUGUAUGGAAUGAGCCGCACCAUGGAUGCCCAGGGCAUUGUCCUCCCAUUCCUGAGCUUUCUCUGGGAAUAGAGUCCCUGGCCCGGCUAGUCUGAAUAUGUCUGUCAGUGUGUCCGUGGGCCAGCAGCGAGCCCUUGCGUGUCUCUGCCUGUCCCAGCCUGUGUCAAUGGUGUGUGUGUGUGUGUGUGUGUGUGUGUUUGUGUGUAGCUGAGGAGCUGUGAGCUUGAGGGGGA